AUGUCGCAGCCAAUCGCAGCCUGCAGUUGCCGGUGCUGCGUACCAUGGCUCCUUCCUUUUACAAAGACGGCGGACGAGGGAUGUGCCGACAUGGGCGGCACCGUCAUUGGUGGGGCGGGGUACAACACGAUCGUCAGCAUGGUUCCCACCGUUGACACCGUCAAGCGCAUUGCAGAUAGUGAUGAGCUGAUCAGCAGUUUUCGCCCGUAUUGCAUUGACGCGUUGCGGGCAGCGCGGCAGGCGGCAACGGCGGAGGACAGUGCCCCGCACCCGGACGACGCACGACACCUGGAGCCAACUUUACACACACUUGAUGCCAGUCACCUCAUGGACAUCGGCGCCAUCCCUGACGACGUUAUACGGAAUGACUGGGCUACUGCCUCCGCCUUCGUCGCUGCAAGUGUUUUGGAGGAAGGAGAACUGCGGGCUCCUGCUUGUCGUGUCGGUCCUUCCGCCGCUGGACGACCAAGUCGCAUGGGCUUGCCACGACGUGCCCCACCGACAGGCACCUCCAGCUUCCUUACGACGCAACGCUUCAAAUCACCGUCACGCAUUCCAGGCGUACGACAACCGGACGUUGGUCACUACCAUCAACGCUACACGCAGGUGGAACCACGCGUGGUGGGUGGUUACAUGUCUCUUCGUGAAUCAGCAGCACCACAAACACGUCAGCAGCAGGAAGAUACCAGUGAACCUGUCGACACCAUUGAGAAAGUACAACUGGCGCAAACCAUACCGGGACUUCAAUUGGCAGACAGCACGAAAACCUCUAGGGGCAGCACGUUUGUGUACAAGGAUCAGUCUGUGGUUCCUAUUGAGACCUCGCGUACACCUACCCGACCUCCACCUGCUGUGCAGGGCAGUCACAUGUUUGUUUCCAAAACACAACGUUCAAAACCAGAUUUUUACAGCCCAGCGAAGGAUUUAGAUUACUAUCCAUACGCGGAUGUACGCUCCACAGUGAAGCGAUCACGCUGCCCUGUGAAAUUUGAUGCUAACCUGAGCGAGCGCCGACGCGACAUUGUGGCGACGUCCGCCAUGGUGGGCAUGUAUAACUUGGCUAUGGACAUCUCAAACAAUCCCCAUCGUGUGGUAUGCAUGGACCGUGACACUGGGCGUGCGGGGCACUGGCAAAGCAGGCCACCCGCGUAUCAAUCUGUACCUGAGUUUGUGGAUGUAACGGGUGCCCUCGAGUUGGUGCGGCCACGCACACGUGUGGUGACUAUGGCAUCGCAGGUACCCGAGGAAGACCAGGAAGAGCAGAAAAAGGCGCCUGACACCACUGUUUCCAUUGAGCGAGACCUUAACUUCCCGAGAAGCUUGUUUGAGCAGUGCGAAGGGAAGCGAGUGCCACAGUUUGCGACGAUGAUUGGUCGAAAUGCAUCCGCACUGCCGCAAUCACAUGAGGCACCAGAAAAUGUUGAGUUUACGCAGGUCACUGCACGCACGCCAUGCGCCAUUAUCCACCCGACAGCACCCGGACACGCCCCACUGCACCGACCAAACCCGACGGAAAUUGGUGACGUGCCAAACCUGAGGUGGGUGAAACCAAGGACGGAGCGCACAACUGAUUUUGGCAUGGUCUCCACCAUAUCUCCGCGGCACCUCCCAACGAGGGAUUUGUGGUACGAUACGAGCAAACGCGUGCUUGUGGAGCCACGCGUGCAAGGGAAUCCAAUGAUAGAGACGCAAGUGUCACGUGAGAAGCGCGCUAAAAUAUUUUCUACCACGGGCUGUGGUGCCAACGCCGUGUAUAACAUUGACAUCCCACAGAAGGGCAAGUCGGUGCCUGUGUUUGAAAAGCAAAUCACGAAGGAAACCCAAUUUUGUGGACACCGGCUGCAGUCGGAGCGGUGGCUGCGCAACCACAUCCGAGCACCCGGCCCCGGUCACUACAAUGUUUCUUAUCGUCUCGUGGAAUAA